UAUUGUCUUGCACAUAUUGAUAUAUGUUCAUGUGUACGUACGUUACCGUUAGCUAACCAAACCUUUGUAACUUGGUUUCGUGGGAACUUCGUCGCCAGCCAGCUAAAGCAACGUGUCUCAUUUCCGCAUUCAUUUGUCCGCGGAGUGCCAGGGCCAUGUUAAAGAUGCUUGCUCCGAGCCUUUCGUAUUGACGAUGAUUCAGUCAAAGAUCCGCCUAGACGCUGAUCUGUACCCUCUGGGAUCCAGCUACGUCACUGAAAUCGACAGUGUCCAUGACAUAUCAGUUGGCACCAAGAGGGGAUCUGACGAACUCUUUUCUUCCUGCAUAUCAAACGGGCCCUAUAUCAUGAGCUCAGCCAAUGGCAACGACAGCAAAAAAUUCAAAGGUGACAUCCGGAGCCCCGGUGUUCCGUCACGGGUCGUCCACGUACGCAAACUGCCCAACGACAUCAAUGAAGCAGAAGUCAUUAGCCUGGGACUUCCAUUUGGGAAGGUCACAAACCUGCUGAUGCUUAAAGGAAAGAACCAGGCAUUCUUGGAGCUGAACAGUGAAGAGUGUGCACAGACUAUGGUGAGUUACUACUCCUCUGUCACCCCUGUCAUCAGAAACCACCCCAUCUACAUGCAGUACUCAACCCACAAGGAGCUCAAGACGGACAACUCCCCCAACCAAGUGCGUGCCCAGGCAGCCCUGCAAGCAGUGAAUGCUCUACAUGGUGGAGGAAUGGGAGGUAUGGCCAUGUCAGCAGAAGCAGGCGGCAUGGGAGGCUCAGCAAGCCAGAGCCCUGUACUUCGAGUCAUAGUGGAAAACCUCUUCUAUCCAGUGACCCUGGAUGUGCUGCACCAGAUCUUCUCCAAGUUUGGCACUGUGUUGAAAAUCAUCACGUUCACCAAGAACAACCAGUUCCAGGCUCUGGUCCAGUACGCUGAUGGAAUGACCGCUCAGAACGCCAAAGUGUCUUUGGAUGGCCAGAACAUCUACAAUGCCUGCUGUACCCUGAGAAUCAGCUUCUCCAAGCUCACCAGCCUCAACGUCAAGUACAACAACGACAAGAGCAGGGACUACACUCGACCAGACCUGCCCACUGGGGACUCUCAGCCUACCCUUGACCACCAGGCCAUGGCUGCUGCUGCCUUUGCGGCUCCAGGUAUAAUCUCAGCAUCUCCUUAUGGUGGAGCUCAUGCAUUCCCCCCAACCUUUGCCAUCCAGCAGGCCGCAGGUCUGUCAGUGCCUGGUAUUCCUGGUGCUCUGGCGUCUCUGGGCGUGGGCCAUGGCGGUGUGGCAGCUGCAGCAGCUGCUGCCAGCCGGCUCGGCCUAUCGGGGCUCACCGCCGCCGGAGGACACAAUGUCCUCUUAGUCAGCAACCUGAACCCAGAGACCGUUACGCCACACUGCCUCUUUAUUCUUUUCGGUGUUUAUGGCGAUGUGAUGAGAGUCAAGAUCCUUUUCAAUAAAAAAGAGAAUGCUCUAAUUCAGAUGUCUGAUGGCACACAGGCACAGCUAGCCAUGAGCCACCUGAACGGCCAGCGGCUUCAUGGCAGGGCCAUGCGUGUGACCUUGUCCAAACAUACCACUGUGCAGCUUCCCAGGGAGGGCCACGAGGACCAAGGCCUCACCAAGGACUACAGCAACUCAUCACUGCACCGCUUCAAGAAACCUGGCUCCAAGAACUACUCCAACAUUUUCCCCCCUUCUGCCACACUCCACCUCUCCAAUAUACCGCCUUCUGUGGUGGAGGAUGACCUCAAGGGGCUCUUUGUCAGCUCAGGGGCCACAGUCAAGGCCUUCAAGUUCUUCAUGAAGGACCGCAAGAUGGCGCUGAUCCAGAUGGCCUCAGUCGAGGAAGCCAUUGAGUCCCUCAUUGAGUUCCAUAAUCAUGACUUGGGAGAGAACCACCACCUCCGAGUCUCCUUCUCAAAGUCCACCAUCUAGUGUCCUUCGCUCAAGUGCCCUCACUUCUCUCUCCACCUCCACCUGAGUCCACUCAUUCUAAGGUUGCCUUUAGAGGGAAUGGCUGCCGUAACACAAUCAGGUUCAUGUUUCAUUCCAGAAUGUUGCCCCCUUGCUUUUCUAUUCGCUACCUGUCAUUAAUUAGACGUCAUCAUUGAUGAUUAAAGUUUGUGCAACAUUCUGUAAUGAAACGCCUUAUGUUGGAGUUGAAGUAGGGGCGGCUAAUAGACUGUCACUUUAGACCAAAUCGCUUAAAAAGAACACCCUCCACCAUGGAUGUACACUUCUGUGGAUGAAUCGGAUCCACACCAGACACACUUCAGCAUUCCUUGACUAUUACUAUACUUGUAUGGAUAUAUAUCUGUGUGUGUGUUUGUGUGCGCCUUUUUCAAAAUGCCACUUUGAACCUAUAGGGCCAGUCAGAAGGAGUUCAAGACAGUUUCAUUGAGUCAGACCAUUUAUGUUUCCUCUUGGAUAUAAUACACAUUCUUUUUUUUUUUAAUUUCUUCUCUUUUUUUUUAAAUCUUAAAAACCCACCUAUUUGCUUCUGGGGAUCUACACCACUAGCUAUAGUGUCUUACUAAGGAAGCUCUGUAAUAUCUUUGACCUGUGCCUUAUUUUGCCCCUAGCCAGAUUGCCUUAAACAUUGCUCUGGCCAUAAAAUGCUAUCCUUCAUGCCUUUUGAUUUAUACCAGCAUUAUUUUGUGAGAAGGGGCGAGUGGCUUAUGUAACGUUUUUCCCCUUUCUCAAACAGAACAUGUUUUUACAAGCAGUUUUGUUUCGCAUAUAGCCUCAGUAUAUAUGUAUGUAGAAAAUGAAUGUAAGUCAACUAGAUGCCUAUGAUAUCCUGGCUAGGUGCUGUGGCUCUAUUAGGUAUGUUGUGGCAGGAGUAGAGUUGUCUCCAGCUAUCCCCACCCACUUAUAUUUAGUCCUUUCUCACAAGUGGCCCUGCCAUAUUGGGGGCCUCGCUUAACCAUAUUAUAUUCCUCUAUGGGUAGAUGCCUUUUUUUCUAUUUCUUCGUAUCUUUUGUUUUUUAAUGUUAGCAUUUACACAAAUAUCACUUCUAUACUGUAUUGCAUAUCUGUAGUGGCUGAGUUUGAUAAUCACAGUGCCUUGACUUCCUGAGUUAGUAGCAUCUCUGGGGCUGAAACAUUUUCUUGUCUGGGUGGUCAGCCCUGUUUACCUAUUAUUCAGAUGUUUAUAUUACUCUGCCUUUCUGCGAAGAUGUCUUCAUUCCCCUUGGAUUGAGAAAUCCUUCAUGUUAUGCUUGGAGAGAGCAGCUCGGAGGCAUUUGUCAGUUGAUCAUGACCACUGGUGAAAUCAGUUCUACCUACCAGCUGGAUUGUGUUUCUAGAAAAUCCCGGUAGAUAUUUUCUUUAUAUCCUGGACAAAAGGGCAGGAAUGACUUCCUACAUAUCUGAGUGUCCACUUGGUCUCCAGUCAGGUUCUUUAGUGCACUUUGUCUCCCUGUUAGGUGCGAGUCGGCUACAUCACACUGAAGUCUUAAAUGUCGUCACAUUCCUGUGUGCCUCCAGGCACCAGAUUCUGCAGCCUCAGCCAUGAUAGUCUUGGACCAGAUGCAGAAGUGCUCUGUCUAUUUUUUUAAAGGAAGAUUCUUAUGCAUGGUUUAACAUUAAGUUUCAUGUAGCUACAGACGGUUAUUGCUGUUAAGGACCAAAGUUUCUCCCACCCCUGCUGUUUUCUAGUGUUGUGAUAUUUUAAAUGUUAUAUUUUUUUCCAUAUUCCCACAUUUCCAGACAAAGAUAAGGCUUUCAGAUGCCUUUCUUCCUCUUGUUUUCUCAAACAGUUACAUGAAGUUAAAUGGGCUUUUGAGCAACUAGUUAUACUGUUCAUUGUAUCCUUCUUGUUUAAUGAACAUUAAUUAAAAGCCUAAAUUGUUAGAGAAUUUAGAAUUGAUUCUUAUUGGAACCACAGUAAUAGCUGUGAUGAUGGUGUAUUAGAUUAUAUAUGCCUUCCCUUUUUGUUGUUGUUGAAAGCUUUCAUUCCUUUUUUAUAUGGGGGCGGGGGGGGAGUAUAUGAAGCGGGGUCAAUGGUUGUAUAUAUUCAUGUUUUUGUACCACAAAAUCAUUUGAAUUAUAUAUCCACUUUACAUUCAAAACAUGUAUAUUUUGAUAAACAGUGCAGAUCUGUUGAGCUCUCUGGAGCUGUAAAGGCAAUUUUUGUACCACAAAGACAUUAAACCUAUCUGAACACAGAAGUGUCUCUGUAUGUGCCCCCGCUCCCCCCCCUGGGCUACCCUGUUCCUUCUCCUCACAUCUUCUACUGCUUUCAAUAAAUCCUUAGUUUGUUCUUUCUUCCA